UAUCACUGUUGUAUCGUAUUCGACCAAGUAAAAUUUAUACUUUCAACGAUAGAUAAGAAAGACAAAUUAAGUAUAACUUUUUGUCUGGACUCGCAAGAAACUUGCAUACAUCAUUGCAUGCCGAAACGUUUAUCGUUGCAAACUGUUAUCAGAUUAAGUAUCAACUUUUAACUGAGAAUGACAAAAGAAAAGAUACACUUUGUGUAAUUUAUACCGUGUAAUACUUUACGAUUACAUAAUUCAAUGAAAAACAUAAAUUAAGCCAAUGAAAAACAUAAAUCAAGCCCUGUUAAAUUGUUCCGAGCGUCUUACUAAGAAAGACAUCUAUUCGAAGUAUCGUAGUUACUUCAUUAUUGAUAUUAAUGAUAUUCAAUAGACCAAUGAAACAAAAUGACGUUUGAAAGAAUGCACUCUUAUGAAUAUCUUGAUAAAAUUAGUUAUUCUUUUGGUACAAAUUGUAAUGUCACUGUAACUAUUCUUUGAACUUGUUGGUAGUACCGACCGGAAUUUUGCCUCGCUAACUGACCCCUAUUGCCGUUUAGCUUUUGAAUGAAAUGCAAUAUGUUUAUUUUAAUAUAACAUCAACUUGAUACUUCUACUUGGGAUUCCUUAGAACUCAACUUGAGAAUUGGUUUGAUAUGAUCUUAAACCACAGUUAGUUGUGAAACUACACAAUGAUCUUUAUGUUAAAUGUGCAAAGAUUCUGAUUUCCUGAGGGACAUAAAUUGGCGACAAUAACGGGUAUUGCCGUUCGACGUUCAAUAUUAACUAUAGUUAUUUUUGAAUUUGCAUAUAUAUAUAUAUGCACAUUAUAUAAUAUAUUAUAUAUAUGAAUACAAAGAAGAAAUAAUACAAAAGAAAGAAAAUGGAGAAAGUAUUAAAUACAUUAAAUAGGAAAAUAAUUGCUGCAAAUAAACAUCAAGAUAUGAUUAAUAAAUACAAAGCUAUAUAUACUGAUGAAGAACGUGUAAUAUUUAGUCUCAAUGUUAUGUUAGAAUAUAAUAUAAUUCCACAAGCUUCUGGCGAUAUAAAGAAUGCAAAGGAGUCGGAGAAAUUAAGAGAAGAGGGUAAUAAAUUAUUUGUUUCAACACCAUUAAAGAAUCAUACAUGUGUGGAUGCACUAAAGUUGUAUACUAAAAGUAUAGCUUAUGCUCCUUAUCCAUCUGAGCAACUUGCUUUGGCAUAUGCUAACAGAUCUGCUAUUUUAUUGAAAUUGCAUAAAUAUGAAUUAUGUAUUCAAGACAUAGAUAGAGCACUAGCACUCAAGUAUCCAGAUAAUUUACGUGCUAAGCUUUACGUAAGAAAAGUUGAGUGUCUAAAUGCACUGAAACAUCCAUGUAUGGAAGAUGGCAUAAAUGAAGCACAGUAUUGGUUAGAAAAAAUGUCUAUAAAUGAUAUUAAUCGAAAAAAAUUAAAUGAAAAACUAAAUUCUAUAAACCACAACUUAGUAUCUCAAAAGUUUAAGAAGCAAGAUAUUCUGAAACAACCACCGCUUCCUAAGAUACAGACUCAUAACAGUGAAGUUCCUUGUGCUUCUGAUGCUGUAAUUAUAAAGUAUAAUGAAGAAUAUGGUAGACAUAUUAUAGCUACUCGUAGAAUAAGGCCUGGUGAAGUAAUUGCAGUAGAAAAGCCUUACUCAUUGAUAUUAACGCCUGAUAAUGUGCAUACGCAUUGUUCAAAUUGUUUAGAUGUGUCUUGGGCUAAUAUACCUUGUGAAUACUGCACAUAUGCUAUGUAUUGUUCAGAGGAAUGUAAGGCUAUGGACUGGAAAAAAUAUCAUGAUGUUGAAUGUGCAGUAUUUCCAUCUAUGUUAAAGAUGAAUUUUGUCAAACUAGAUCUGUUCAGUUUAAGGCUUACUAUUCAAGCUGUGAGAGAAGCUACAAGCAUGCAAGAAUUACGAGAGGAGUUAAAAGAAGUUGAUAAUUGUGAUGAUCCUCGCACAAAAGGUUUUUCUAAAGAUGGAACCUUUCCUAGUGAUAAAUAUAGAAGUUUAUUAGGUCUUGUGACUAAUACUGAGAAACGUUCAGUACAAGAUCUUUUUAGAAGAUCUUUAGAUGCAAGCUUUAUUUUAUAUUUUUUAGCAACAGGUACUAACAUGUUUGGGAGUCCAUUAAGCAAAGAUUUAUCUGUGUUAAUAAAAAAUGCUGAUGUUACAUUUGUUGGUGGUCUUAUUCUGAGACAUCAGCAGUUGAUUCCUAGUAAUAUUCACAGUUUUUCUGAGGAAUAUGGAUUAGAAGCAGUUGAACGUGGUGUUGCAGCUAUGCCAUUCUUCAGUUUAAUUAAUCACAGUUGUAAUCCAAAUAUCUUAAGGCAUUCAAGAUCUGAGUAUAUGAUUAUAUAUGCUAUGUAUCCUAUUAAAGAAGGUGAACAGUUAUGUGAUAAUUAUACUCAACAUUAUGCUAUUACACCAAAAGCUGUGAGACAAAAAGAACUUUUGAAACAGUAUUAUUUUAAGUGCAAUUGUCCAGCAUGUGAAGAAGAUUGGCCGCUAUACUAUAAUCUAAAGUCUUUUAGAAAUUUAGUUAAAAAGAAGGAAGAUCGGAACAAAAUUAAUCAUACAUUAAGGAAAUUUAAUAGAUAUGUCGAUAUUGCGACAGAAGGAAAUAUUUCAGAUAAACACAUCCUUAACGAUUUGUUAAAAAUGAUCGAAGUACUGUUUGAGUUGGUGCCAAUGCCGUGUGAAGAAAUGAAUAAUGUAGUAGAAACUUUGAAACGUGUCUACGAUUUGAAUGGCAAUCGAUUUGAAAUUCCUGAACUCUAAGUAAUGUUUUACAUAAUAUAGAAUUUAUACAGAAUAAAGUUUAAUGUUAUUUUUUAUAAAAAAAAAAAAAAAAAAUAAAUGUACUAUGAAACUA